AUGCCUACCCGUUUCAGUAAACACAGAAAAUCAAGAGGAGACGUUUGCGCCGGUUACGGUCGUGUCGGUAAACACAGAAAGCAUGCUGGUGGUCGUGGUAAUGCUGGUGGUUUGACUCAUCAUAGAAUCAACAUCGUCAAAUACCAUCCAGGUUACUUCGGUAAGCUCGGUAUGAGAACUUUCCAUUUGGUUAGACACAGAUCCUACUGCCCAACCAUCUCUCUCGAGAAGAUCUGGACUUUAGUCCCAGAGACUGUCCGUAAGACUCUUGCUGCCAAGGCUGACGGUACUGCUCCAGUUGUCGAUGUCACCCAACGUGGUUUCUUCAAGGUUUUGGGUCACGGUAUCCUCCCAAAUCAACCAAUCAUUGUCAAGGCUAGAUAUUUCUCCAAGGUCGCUGAAAAGAAGAUCAAAGCUGCUGGUGGAGCCUGCAUUUUGGUUGCUUAA